AUGAGUGGUCACAGCCUAUACUCGGGCUACUCGGGUAGCUCGUCCCGCUCAAACCGUACCUCGGUCAGCUACUGCCAGCCCGAACCCGGCCGCCACCACGGCGGCGUGUACCGCGAAACGGACCCCCACGACAGCCGCGCCGUGCGCUUUGCCGCGCAUUUCUUGCAAGGUCCCUUUAGCGGUGCUUUGAGGAAGAGCGACCGUCAACACUCUUCUUCUUCUUCCCGUCACGGUCAUCAUCAUCAUGGCGGCAGCGGCAGCUCUUCCUAUUCUUCCGCGCCGUCAUCGUCGUCGAGGUAUUCUGCGUCUAGCACGAGGAGCCGGUCUCCCGACUCGAUGCGUUGGCAACAACAGCAGCAACAACAGCAGCAACAACAGCAGCAGCACCAGCAGCAGCAGUAUCAGCAUCCACAGCAGCAGUAUCAGCAGCACCAGCAGCAGCAACCACGUUACCCAGGGCCGCAAGCUGGGUACAGACCUGCUGGUCCUGGCUAUGGACCAGCCGGGCAGCAGCAGCCGUCCUUUGCGCGCCAACCGCCGGAUGUCUGGGGCAAAGGCCAGCCGCAGCAGUCUGGUGGUUGGCCGGGCUCCGGACCGCAGACGACGCAUGUCUUGUGGGACGAUUGA